CUCUUGUGCAGUGCGUUUAUAGUGAAAAGUGAAAAAUAAAAAUGACUGGUCGUGGCAAAGGUGGAAAAGGAUUGGGAAAGGGUGGUGCUAAGCGUCAUCGUAAAGUAUUGCGUGAUAAUAUUCAAGGUAUCACGAAGCCCGCUAUCCGCCGUUUGGCUCGUCGUGGCGGUGUGAAGCGAAUUUCUGGUCUUAUCUAUGAGGAAACUCGUGGUGUCCUAAAGGUAUUUCUUGAAAAUGUAAUCCGCGAUGCAGUAACCUACACGGAACAUGCCAAAAGGAAGACAGUCACUGCGAUGGAUGUUGUAUACGCAUUGAAGAGACAGGGCCGCACUCUUUAUGGAUUCGGUGCCAAGAAGGCUGGCAAGGCUCAAAAGAACAUCACCAAGAAUGACAAAAAGAAGAAGCGCAAGCGUAAGGAGAGCUAUGCUAUUUACAUUUACAAAGUGUUAAAGCAAGUCCACCCAGACACUGGUAUUUCUUCAAAAGCAAUGAGCAUAAUGAAUAGCUUUGUAAACGAUAUUUUUGAACGUAUUGCUGCUGAGGCCUCCCGCUUGGCCCACUACAAUAAGAGGUCGACCAUCACCAGUCGCGAAAUCCAAACGGCUGUUCGUUUGCUUUUGCGGAUAAAAAUGACUGGUCGUGGCAAAGGUGGAAAAGGAUUGGGAAAGGGUGGUGCUAAGCGUCAUCGUAAAGUAUUGCGUGAUAAUAUUCAAGGUAUCACGAAGCCCGCUAUCCGCCGUUUGGCUCGUCGUGGCGGUGUGAAGCGAAUUUCUGGUCUUAUCUAUGAGGAAACUCGUGGUGUCCUAAAGGUAUUUCUUGAAAAUGUAAUCCGCGAUGCAGUAACCUACACGGAACAUGCCAAAAGGAAGACAGUCACUGCGAUGGAUGUUGUAUACGCAUUGAAGAGACAGGGCCGCACUCUUUAUGGAUUCGGUGGUUAAAAUAUUUAUAAACACCAAAAUGUAUUAACUACAAAUUAUGCCCUUCAAAAAAUCGGUCCUUUUCAGGACCA